AUGCUGCUACAUCAGCCCCUCUCCUUUCACCUCAGAGCUUCAUCCAGGAGACGCUCAUAUCUCUCCUCCAGCAUUGAGACAUCAUCAUGUCAGUUUUUCAUAUUUUUCAGUCAGUCAUCAUGAUCAGAGUUUUCAUCACGUUCACACUCUCAUUGUUCUGGCUCACGGGUAAAAAAUAACAUGCCUGUAGAAUGUCUGUUAAUACCGAAAACACUCUCUGCUAAUAGUCUUGUGUCUGAUGAAUCAGUCUGUUUAAAUAUUCAUCUCUUGUUUUCUUCACAGGACGUUCUCUCGGCAGUAAAGUCAUCCAGGUUCCCUCAGCACUAUUGGGAAGUCCCAACAUUACAGAGAUACUCAAAUGCAACCAUAGUAUUAGUGCAUACAAUACUAUAUUGUGGUACCAGCAAUCAAUAGCUGAUACUAAUCUGAAACUGAUUGGAUAUGUGUUUUAUAAGAACCCAACAGUUGAAGAUCAAUUUAAAGAGCACGUUGAAAUCCGUGGAGAUGGAGAGAAAGAGGCUUCCCUUCAUCUACUGAGUCUGAGAGCACCUGAAGACAGUGCAGUUUAUUACUGUGCAGCCAGCCAACACAGUGAUGUAGAUACCCUUCUCUCCUCUACAAAAACCCUCUGAUCCUUUACUCCAUAACUGUAGUGUACAUCAACACCUGCUGUAAACCGCUAUAGAUAUCCUGGGCACAUGGAGGAAGUUGAUAUUAAAACCUUUGAUCGUACCCAAUAAUGUGGUUGAAGUUGUUGCAUUAAAGAAGCGGUUCGGGUAUUUCCUUCAAAUUACAGCAUAUUUCAAGUCUGAUUAGUGUAGAAUAGAAAAUCUUAAGACUAAUGCUUACAGUGACGUAGUUACCGGUAUGUUCCACAAUACACCUUUAAGUUGAACAGGAGAACAAUGCAUCUGUUUGAAUAUCAAUGUACAUUUUUUUACAUUUUAGUCAUUUAGCAGACGCUCUUAUCCAGAGCGACUUACAGUUAGUUAGUGAGUGCAUACAUUAUUCUUUUCCAUACUGGCCCCCCGUGGGAAUCGAACCCACAACCCUGGCGUUGCAAACACUAUGCUCUACCAACUGAGCUACAUCCCUGCCGGCCAUUCCCUCCCCUACCCUGGACGACGCUGGGCCAAUUGUGCGCCGCCCCAUUGGUCUCACGGUCACGGCCAGCUACGACAGAGCCUGGAUUCAAACCAGGAUCUCUAGUGGCACAGCUAGCACUGCGAUGCAGUGCCUUAGACCACUGCGCCAAUCGGGAGAAUGUACAUCAUGAUGUCAUUUCCUUUCCCUCUGGCAGCUCAGUUCUGCUCAUCUCUAUUGAAUGAUUCUCUUUUCACCCCCUGGGCCCUGGUCAAAAGUAGUGCACUAUAUAGGGAAUAGGGUGCCAUUCUCUGGUCAAAAGUAGUGCACUAUAUAGGGAAUAGGGUGCCAUUCUCUGGUCUAAAGUAGUGCACUAUAUAGGGAAUAGGGUGCCAUUCUCUGGUCUAAAGUAGUGCACUAUAUAGGGAAUAGGGUUCCAUUCUCUGGUCUAAAGUAGUGCACUAUAUAGGGAAUAGGGUGCCAUUCUCUGGUCUAAAGUAGUGCACUAUAUAGGGAAUAGGGUGCCAUUCUCUGGUCUAAAGUAGUGCACUAUAUAGGGAAUAGGGUGCCAUUCUCUGGUCUAAAGUAGUGCACUAUAUAGGGAAUAGGGUUCCAUUCUCUGGUCUAAAGUAGUGCACUAUAUAGGGAAUAGGGUGCCAUUCUCUGGUCUAAAGUAGUGCACUAUAUAGGGAAUAGGGUACCAUUCUCUGGUCUAAAGUAGUGCACUAUAUAGGGAAUAGGGUGCCAUUCUCUGGUCUAAAGUAGUGCACUAUAUAGGGAAUAGGGUGCCAUUCUCUGGUCUAAAGUAGUGCACUAUAUAGGGAAUAGGGUGCCAUUCUCUGGUCUAAAGUAGUGCACUAUAUAGGGAAUAGGGUGCCAUUCUCUGGUCUAAAGUAGUGCACUAUAUAGGGAAUAGGGUGCCAUUCUCUGGUCUAAAGUAGUGCACUAUAUAGGGAAUAGGGUGCCAUUCUCUGGUCUAAAGUAGUGCACUAUAUAGGGAAUAGGGUGCCAUUCUCUGGUCUAAAGUAGUGCACUAUAUAGGGAAUAGGGUGCCAUUCUCUGGUCUAAAGUAGUGCACUAUAUAGGGAAUAGGGUGCCAUUUGGGAUGCAACCAAUACAUUUGACACUCCCACUAGCUGACAACACAUCUCUGAAAAACCCUUUCUCCUUGUCCAUGUGACACUCAUCUCUCCAGAACCAUCAACAUGAUCAAGCUUCUCAUACAUGUCGCAAUUCUACUGUGGGUGACAGGUACUAAAUCACUGUUAGCAUGAAAGAUAUUUACAACCGAAAUGUAUUGCUGUCAAUAUGUUGAGUAAUACUGUCGAUUUUAGUUGUUCCGUUUUUUCAUCCACAGGGAUGUCACAAACAGACGAAGUCCAGCAGACUCCUACAGCAAUAAUAAAACGACCUGAAGAAAACGUUCAACUGAACUGCAGCCAUACUAUUCCAAACUACAACAUUAUACUGUGGUACCAGCAGUCAGCACAAAACACUGCUCUGAAACUCAUCGGGUAUGUGCUACUCACCAAUCCAACCGUGGAAGAUUCCUUCAAAGAGCGUUUUACUAUGGGUGGAGAUGCUGCAACUGGGAAAAUGGCGUAUCUACAUAUUCCCAAACUGAGAGGAACUGAAGACAGUGCAGUGUAUUUCUGUGCUGCUAGUUAUGCACCGUGUUUCACUAUACCCUCUCUCCUCUACAAAAACCCUCUCUGA